AGAGUAUUUAAUCAGUAAAUGGUAUACAGUGCGCAAAGUAGUGGUUGAUGUAUGAAGUAUGGAAAAAUCUCUAAGGUUUUGGAAUGAGGAGAAAAUACAGAAAAAUAUAUUCAAUGACUCCCAGUCCGGGAAUAUGAUAAAGCUAGCCGUGUGGACGGGCUCUAAAUCCACCACUGAGAUAAGAGCAUGUGUCAUUAAACGUCACAUCUACAAAAUAUUAACGAUUAAAGAUAAGGAAGGUGUGAGUGAUAACAACAAGAGCUACCAGUUUAAACUGCCUGACGGAGAGGACGCUAUAUUCCCGACUCAAACGGUAGAUUGGAAUCCGGAACACAUUGAUCAGAUAGCAGUUGGUUUAGCGAACAACUACGUACUGCAUUGGAAUCUUACCACAGCGAAAUGUAUCCGAUUUCACAAAGCAACUUGUGAGAACAAGUCAAGUGGACACAGUUUCACGAGUUCUCGGACCCUCACGUGUAUUCAGUGGUCCCCUAAAAAUCCAAACUUGCUUAUUUAUGGAACGAAGGACCCGUUUAUCAACGUAUGGGAUGUUAGAGAACCAGCGCCUGAUCAAACGUAUGCUAAUGACGGAGUUCUCGAUAUCAAAUUCGACCCACAUGACGAGAACCAAUUUGCUGUGGCUAGUGAGAAUCACGACGUCACCAUCUACGAUCUCCGCAACACUUCGACGGAAAAGAUAAGAUCUGAAAAGAAACCCGUAUCUAAGAAGUUCAAGUUCUCAGCACAUGAGAACAGGACACUAAAGUGCGAAUGGAAUCCCAAAAUCAGAAACCAGUUAGCUACCAGUGGACAGACCAAUAUAAAGAUCUGGGCAGUGGAUUACAGUAAGGAGUACCACCUGCACAACGAGAUGACGUUGAUAACGACCCGUAACUCCGCCUACAGCAUCAAGUGGAGCCCGGUCUGUGAAUACCUGCUCGCCUCCCACUCCCACUCCUCCCGAUAUGUGGAGAUCUGGGACAUCAGACGCAGGUUCAAGCCUUAUAGACAUUUUCGAGAAGAUCCCACAAACAAAUCCAAGCUUGGAAGAUUAUUGUUACACUGGCACGAGAGUCCACACGCCCUGCUCACACUCAAUACUAACAAUGCUGACUUGUCCAUGCAUGCGCGCAGGGACGCCAUUAACAUGGAAAACUUCGCUCCAUCGUGCGCUAUAUCCUGCUCGCCCUACGACGAGAUGAGCUUCGUGACAGCUUACAAACCCAGCAAGAGACAACCCAGGAUUAGAACCAAAUCCGAGGGUACAAAAGACAACACGGGAUCCGUUCACUUUCCUGUGGAGAAUUCCUUGGUAGACCGGCUAACUUUUCGGAAAGGUGGACUCAGCUCCGAGCAGCCCUCUGUGAGUUUCAGUCCAGUGACCGCCAGCUACGUUAGUGAAGAAUACUCCUCAGGCAACGAAAGUCACGAGCAGAUAACAGCCAUUCCGGACACUGCCCCUGACCGGAGUUUUAUCUUCACCCGUCCCAUAUCCUCCAAAGAAGACUACUCGUUCAAAUUCCGCUACUUAGCAAAAAACUACAAGUUUUCCGGACUUUCUCUCGAGGAGCUGUGUCACCAUAACGCAAAGAUAGCGGAGAGUCAGGCGCUGCUCCACGUGGCGUCUAACUGGCGGCUUCUGAGCGUGCUGUUUGCUUCAGAGGAGGUCACAAUGCCAUUCUACGAGGAAGAGAAUCAGAAACGCAAUAAAAGAUCAGGUACUGUUUACAGUGACCGAGGUACUAUCCUGACCUCAGAAUCACCAGAGUCUGCUGAGCAGGAAUCAGAUAGUGACCACAUGGAGUAUCCUAGGCCGUCCUACGUGAGUGAGGAGGAGCUAAGUGAUGAAGAGUACAACAUUGAACCUCCAGUAGACAGUUAUCAGAACUGGGAUAUGUUAGACGAACCGUUCACCCAACAAGCUGCUCUGAACACCGAGUCCACUGAGUGCGAGGAGCUGAGUGACCGGAGCAGUCAGCCCGACCCUGACCAGGGUCUUUACAGCUUCGACAACUUUCACCAGGACACGAUGGCAUCAGUGCGACACAGCAGGACGGAGCUAAUGAAGAUAAACAUGGGUGCACUAACUCGUGACAUGUUGGAAGAUCUAGUUAACGAGGGAGAUGUACAGACAGCGUGUACUAUGCUGCUCGUCCUAGAGAAGAAGCUCACUAAAACAAUAGACCCCAUGUCCCUGGGGGACCUGGAGAUAAACUGGUUCCACUCCUACAUAGACCUCCUCUCCAGGUUCCAGUUGUGGAGUGUUCAAGCUGCUGUAGUGGCACAAGCUCCUGAUCCUAUUAAGGUACUGAACACUAAGAACGUGAUAACAGCGAUGUGCACCAAGUGCAGCACAAAUGACAAAGUUGGCGGUAAACGGGCGGUGCUGCACAGUGGCCUGUGCAGCAGGUGCGGUAUUGUUGCAGUGUGUUCCCUCUGUAGAAUAGCGGUCAAAGGUCUCUACAUCUGGUGUCAGGGCUGCUGUCACGGCGGCCAUCCUCAUCAUAUGAGACAAUGGUUUGAGAAUAAUCGACUCUGUCCCGCCGCUUGCGGGCAUGCCUGUCAGUUCUCUUGACAAUUUGGAAACUAUCUUAAAUUUGCAAAGUUAAAUGUGUUUUGAUUGUUUAUUCCGGGUCCUGUAUAUUUAAGUUUGAUUCAAAUUGUUUUAACUGGGAUAGACUUAUUCAGGGGAACCUCUCUUCAGAAACUGGGCAGUUUUAUUUUUCGAAUACUGAAUUAUCCAAGUACUCUAGAGUAAAGUGUAGUAAACACCUCCUCCCCCGUCUGUAAGCCACAAUAUGAAUAACCAUAGUUAUUGUGUAAAAAGUACCCUUUAUAGCUUUACGCAAUAUGUGAAUAUUAUAAUACUGAUAAAAUAAUACUUUCGUUGAUUGAAAUGUCUCUUAUUCUAGAUUCCUUACACGUCAUAACUAAAUAACUUGUAAAAUUUGAUAACUUCUUUUGUACCUUUUUUGAUAUCUGUUUUAUUAAGGUAUCAUAGAUAUGUAGUUUAUAGAGGGUAGAAAAGAUGAUUUUAAUAAUUUAAAAUCCGAUUGUAACAAUGUAACAUUAACUUUCACAACGAUCUUUGAUUUCAUU